AUUUCGCGAUAUUUUUUUUCCGAUCCGAGCAAUUACCUCUGGUACCGCGUUCUCCAAAUUGGAGCUGAGCUUGCGGCUGCUCCGCCGCGGAUCUGAUAGUGAUUUUCAAGAGCUUUGCUUGUAUGGUGACAGUCUGCAAGCAAUACGUGAAAACAGUGCACGAACAUAUUACGAAGGAAGUGAUACUCUCGUCAAAAAGACUCGACUGCAUGCAGGGCUCAAUUCGCGCUCCAAAAUGGCAGACAGUCUGAUUCCGAGGCUUCUAGUUUCCAAUUCAUCAAAAGUGUCGAUUCAUUCCGUGGAAAGUGCGAAAGCUGCGGCCUUCAGCAUUGACAGGCUACUCGCACCCUGCAAAGAAUCCGUUCAAGGCACUUCUGUGCCGUUUCAGGAUCAACAGCGGAAUACUUUUCGCAAUGAAACUAUCCUUCGAUCAGAGUCUACCGAACAAGAAUCGAGGCUGACAAGAACCGUGCCAGACUCUUCGAUGUCAGUGACGGAAGAAGAGGAACAAAUAGACCUGGAAGACGUGGAUAUAGUUUGUUCAACGUCACCUGAGCCCGAAAUCAGCUACGAAGCCUGCACGAGCAGCAGUGGAACAAACUUGUCAUCGAGCAGCACCGCCGGGGAUGACAACCCCUUGGCGCGACCCGGAAGCGGCUGUGGAACGAGCGACGAAGAGCGGAAGAAGCGACCACGCACCGCAUUCACUGCCGCCCAGAUCAAGUCCUUGGAAGCUGAGUUCGAGAGGAACAAAUACCUGAGCGUUGCUAAGCGAUUGCAGCUGAGCAAAAGCCUCAAGCUCACCGAGACUCAGAUUAAAAUUUGGUUUCAAAAUCGGCGAACGAAGUGGAAAAGAAAGUACACUAACGACGUCGAAUUGCUUGCUCAACAGUACUAUUCCAGCUUGGGAAUCCCAACGCCGAGGCCAAUAUUUGUUGGUGAUCGCCUAUGGUUUUUCAACUACCCAGGGCAGCCAACGCACCCGGGAAGCCCGUUGCUGCCGUCGCUGUCUCACCUAACGCCAAUGGCUAUUCCUCCAUCAAUGCCGAGCGUGCAACCAUUGCCGAGCAAUCUUUCUCCUGGUCAGCACGCCGCCAUAUUCCAGGGCCUACCUUCACCCCACUCUUCGCAUCACGCGACGCAGCGAUUAGACUACAGGCUUGUUCAUCCUCAUCGCACCGAGGAAUCAUGAGAACGGCAUACAUGCAGUGGGAGUUAUGAGAUUAUGCAAUUGAGUCACUGCAGCUUGUCUAUUAGCUAUAAAAAUUUGAAGUUCAGUUACGGU